AUGCGCAACGAAGGAAUUCACAGGCAUCAGAACCUGAUGGACUACGUCUUUAAUAUGCUUGAGCAGUAUGCUUCCACUUUGGAGGCGGAGGUGGAAGACAGAACGGGACAAUUAGCAGUGGAACAAAAGAAGAGUGAUAUCUUGUUGUAUCGAAUGCUACCGAGGCAAGUGGCCGAAAAGUUGAAGCUUGGGCAGUCUGUCGAACCAGAAACAUUUGACAGUGUCACUGUGUUUUUCUCUGAUGUGGUGUCAUUCACAACCCUUGCCGCUAAAUGUAAUCCUAUGCAGGUGGUUAGUUUGCUGAACGACCUCUACACAAUCUUUGAUGGUAUAAUCGAUGCACAUGAUGUUUACAAGGCAAGUGAACUAAUGCUCAUCAAACUCGCAUUUAUUGUGGCUUCUAAAGCACUAUCAAAGACGAAAUUGCGGCAUGUCAUGUUCCAAAAUUCAAAGAUUAAAUGUAGAACUCCAAGAAGGAACAAUGCUAGGUGGCGUUCCUCAGUUUUCAGUCGACUUUAG